AUGAGUAACAAAACUGGUAAUACAGGUAAAUGCUUUUUCUUUAUGUGCAUACUUGGAUCUUGCCUGAGAUGUAUGUGCUUCUUUUUUUUCUAGGAGAAGUAGAUCCUAUACAAGAAGAAUUAGCCGGCCGUGUACGAGAAGUUGGAAACCAUGCAAUCUGGAGUUUGUCCAGUUGUAAGCCUGGCUUUGGCGUGGACCAGUUGCGCGACGACAUCACAGAGACUUAUUGGCAAUCCGAUGGACAACUUCCACAUUUGGUAAACAUUCAGUUCAAAAGAAAAACAACAAUUCGCGACAUAUGUAUAUAUACAGACUACAAGUUGGAUGAGAGUUAUACCCCAAGUAGGAUAAGUAUUAGAGCAGGCACUAAUUUCAAUGACCUUCAAGAAAUAGAAGUUAUGGACCUAAAUGAACCAAGUGGCUGGGUCAUCAUUCCCAUAAAGGAUAUAAAUGACAGGCCUAUCAGAACAUUUAUGAUACAAAUAGCUGUGAUAAGCAAUCAUCAGAAUGGACGUGACACGCACAUGAGGCAAAUUAAAGUUUACAGUCCUACACAGGACGUUCUUGGACCACCUGCUCCUUACGUUGCAGGCCAAUUUCUUACUAAUGAAUUUCUGCGUUAUGCAACAGUUAGAUAA